GUGAAUUAUCUCUUUUCAGAUGGCCACGAAGUCCGCUGAAAAUUAUUUAGCGGACUUACGGCGGUCUGUGGAAGAUAGGUCCAAGCGAACUUGCGGACCGCCGGCUUCUAAGUGGUAUUCUCAGCUCUUCUAUCCGAUCCAUGUGUGCUUCCAAAAGCAAGGAUUUAAUUCUAUGUCUCAGACAUGGGUGCAUGUUGCCAAGGAAAUCCUCCAGCUCGUCAGUAACUUCCUUGACGUUGGCGGACGAGAGCUGUUCUCUGUUUGCCGGUUCUGGCUUUCACUCUGCGGCCAAGAGAUAAGAGCCUGUUGCGAAAACGUUGAAAACACGGUCACCACGCAGUUUGAAAAUUGUUUGGAAUUCGCUGGCGUUGUCAUUCGAAUAAUGGUGAAGCUGAGUGGUCAUGCUUCCAAGCCCGACGUCGCAGAAUUAUCGUCAAAAAUUUUGAUGAUUUUGACUACUCAGAAAGCAUCCCCGCAGGCCGUUCUAAACUACGUGAAAGACAUUCUUACGGCUUUUGGUGAUGUCGAGCAAACUGAAGAUCUUUCGCCAUGGUUGAAUUUGUUCGGUUCAGCCUUGGUCGCCAUUGCAUCUCCUUUACGAUCUCAUGAACACGUAGCCUGUGCCGUCGAAGCUGGUCGGAGGUUGGAGUUGCCUGAGGACAUCGUGAAGUAUGCCAUAUGCUUCGGUGACUUGAUCGAAACUUUGCGCGGUACCCAGUGCAAUGCAAGUGGGAUCUAUGACAUUAAAGCUCUUUCGGCAAGCGUUCAAGCUUUGUUAGAAGAUGAAGCGGUUGCAAAAGUUACGCGAACCUUGUUGCUUUGCUAUCGAUUCAAAAUCAGUACAGUGGCCGAUGAACUGCAAAGGGCGAAGAGCGCAGAUUCGGGAGUGGCACAUGGCAGUCUGCUUUUCGAAGUAAUCACAAAGAAAAGCUUCAUAGACUUGAUCGAAACAUUUCCUGUCAUCCUCAGUCUGAGUUCGCGUAUUUUGGCGAUUGAAAAUUUCAAUUCACUGGAAGUAUCAUCCGACCCCGUCAUUCUGCUAGGCGUGAUUCAAGUUUGCACUUUGAAUUUCUGGCUCAGUGCUUGCGCUCGAAGAGAGAAGCUCGAAGCGUGCUCAAACCAGAAAUUGCUUGCCACUUCUGCGUUGGAAAUCUGGAAAAAUCUUUCUCAGCACGCGAUGUUGUACGAUUGUUGGCGAGGCCCUGGUGUGGAUAACCAGAAAAAAUUAAAGUUUUUAGAAAGCACUUUGAAGAGGAUUCGUGUGCUAGCGCACUAUAUCGGACAAACGCUUGCGGAUUUGCAAGACUUCGCAAAAUUAUUCUCGCUUUUGCAAGACUUAUGUUUCUGGUAUUUCUUACCGACUGGGGAGAGCUCGAAGUCGCUUCAAACCGUGUUGAACGGAGAUCCGGAAUCAUUAAUGCGCACGGUUUUCAUGAGCUUCGUGGGUUUGCUCAAUUCAAAGCCUAGCAAAAAGGAUAUUGGAUUAGGAUUCCAACUGUUUUUCGAAGUAUUGAAAUUGUUCGUUUCGCAACGGAAUGCGUCAGCCAGCUUUGGAUCACGAAAAUCGUUGAGCAAGUGUUUCGAAUAUCUCGCCAAAAUUUGGUACAAACUCGUUCAUGCAAGUGAAGCUGAAGCGUGUCUCAAGGAAAUGCUAGUCAACAAGCCCGAGGACGCAGUUUCCAGUUUGUCAUGGCAUGCUGACAGACUUGUUGGCUUGGACUCAGUUCUCCGAGAAAUUUCAUUCACCUGUUUCCUUAGUGACCUCGAGAACUGUAUGACAAAUAAUUGGAGGAAGCAGUGGUGCCGGAAGGAGCUGCUGACCUUUGUUUUUGAAAGAGGAGCUUUGAUGUCGAAGAACAACAGCGACUUGGUUGGCUACGGCACAUUAUCGGCCAGAACAGCUCAAGCGAUUUUCUUCACUCCUGGAGACUUAGUGCUUCAAGGAUUGCUGGAGAAAAACGUUGUUCCUGCUUUGAAGAAAGCUCUUCCACAUUUGCUCAAUUUUGCCUCCCCGAAAUCGUUGAGUGUUUAUGACAGUGAAGCCAGAAAGUUGGAGACAGAGUUGCGACUUACUGUGGCGGAGAUUGAAGUUGCGUUAUGGAUGUCAGAGCAAGUAAUGGCCAUAAAUAGAAUCCGACAGGAAGUUGGUUGGAAAAACGCUCUGCAUUUUGCAUACGACUGUGAUCUUGCGGAACAUGGCGAUGACUCGGAUGAAAUCGCAAACAAAAUCACGUCGUGCUUGGCACUGCGUUACGGUCAUCAACUUGACUCCGCCAAACAUCUCGUCUCUGCCCUUGAGAACCUGAAGCUCUGUGACAUCGAGAAAACUAAUGCGGAUUCUCGUGCCAUACAUCUGCUCAAAUUGCUCGCCUCGCUUUUCGGGAUGUUCGGAAUGUUGCGAGAGGAAACGGAGGCUCACGAAUGGCUAGCCAAAAUUUUCAAAGUUCAUUCCGUGAAUUCCUUUGAAGCGUCGAUCAUAAAAAUGCAAACUAGUACCGACGGAAAAUUUAAUUGGGAGCCGAUAGAUGAGGAAUUGCGUUCCGUGAUGAAUCGACAGGCAACAGAGGAAACGCCUUUUUUGAACUUCCUUACGUUCCGCGGCGAAACGAUGAACUAUCUCCUGAGGCAACCACAUACAAAAACCACAUUGUCUAAUGUAGUGAAAGAUACGCAACGGGUUGUGAAAAGUUGCAAGGCUUGGAUUAAUCCUCCCUCCGUAGCCCAGAUGUUGUCGCUCGGGAAAUUUCACAUGGCGCUUGGCAUGCGAGAUGGGCACGAUUCCGAUUUGCCGAGUCGUGUCAAAUUCCUGACGUUCGCCAUGAAGAGCAUGUUAUCUGUCAUUUAUAUCCCGGCAGCCAGCGAACCUGGGCUGAUCAUGUAUCUCACUGCGAUAAAAUGCUUCUACGAUUGUCUUGAAGUGCUCAUUUGUAUUGGUCGGGAUUUCCGGUUAAACAGGAUCAUGGACGCUUUUUGCCACAUCGGUUGGUUGGUAGCUGUCAGUCUAGGAUUAGCUUUCAGGGGUAUAUCCACGAUGAUAAAUGUAGCAGAUGUGAUGCGUCUUUCUGUGAGUACUAUUCAUGUUAGCCGGAAGCGGUUCAUGGACGCGUAUACGUCUUUGGUUGUGAAUCAUGAGAAGACGGAUAAAUCCGUAGCGGCCCCAAAAAUUUUGGAUGCGAAGAGUUUACCAAAGCCUGUCGCAGCUUCGAAGUACCCAGCAUCAGCUGCGAAGAAUCACUUGGUUGUGUCGAAGCGAGCCAAGGCAAACGAAAGAACUAGACUUGGUGGGUUAGAUGAGCUUGUUCUGAAUGCGUCUUUAGCGCAUCCUGCAGUGUUGGUGGACGACGUCGACAGCAUUUCAUUUCAUUUGAAGAACUUGGACGUUGAAGAUGACGGGAUGCGCUUGGAUGAAGCGGAUUUUAUGGUUUCGAGAGAUCGACUGGACAAUUUGGGGGAAUGCGCCAAAACCUUUUUUCACCCAAUGACGUGUGAAUGCCGAUCGUGUGGAAUAGAUAUGAUGGCUUUGGCCAUGAAAACUGCGUUGCUUCGUAUGCGAUUAAUGAUUAUCGGAAAGAAUUUCAACAAAAUUAAGGAAUGCAUCGCGGACUUGAAGUUUGGCGAGCAGAAAAUGUUGAAGUUGUGCGAUGGUGAUCUGAAGAACUUGAACGUUCCUGUAGCGAUCACGAUUAGCCUGACAACAUCCUUGCUUACGAUGCGACAUGAUUCAUGGCGCUUUGAAAAUCCGGAUAAGCUCUUGUUUCCUGUAGACUCUUUGAAGGCGCUGGAUUUUAAAUUGUGGCCACCCGUGAUAUCCGAAGGUUUGCUGCUCGUGAAUGCAAGCGCUGGUUUCAUCGCUGCAUUCGGAACGAAAAUCUUUGCUUCCACACCUGCGCCUGAUCAAAUCCGAGUAAUGGGACGUUGGCCGCCUGAGAAAGUGGUCCCGGAACCGAUAGCGUCAGUAAAAACUCCGGAGGAUCGUAAGGCUACAAAUUCGACGUGGAAGUCCCGGAACCAUGCUUCGCGCAAGGAAGCCGUUCCUCCAGCCCCCGCUAAACGGCGAUUAUUGAAAAAUCAGACAUGCAAGUCGGAUCUUAGUAAAUCUUCGUCCGCGUCUGCGUGUGUGUUCUCAAGUCCUCUGUCGGCAACCUCAGGGCAUCUAUUGGCAUCAAGUACGAAAACGUACGCGAGGCCACCGGGAAGAAAUGCUGGGUUCACCAGUAGUAGAAGUCCUCUUGAAUCAGAUGAAAAUUUGGAACAGAAGAGCGAUAAUGUCGUCGUGAAGUCCAAGCUGAAAGUGGAUCAACAGUCACGACUGGAUUUCCCACUGCAGAAUAACAGCGAUGUUUUGAAUGUUGGCAAAAGCUCAGAAGAUACUGUUCUCGUUGCGAAAACUCCGUCGCCGCCGUGUUCCGCCCGCAAGUUGAGACCUCGAUUGAAACCGAACAAAUCGUGAUGAAGCCAAUAAAAAAAAAAACUUUAUGAAGAAACAUAUCCACUGGUCAUGUACGCCGGUGCAAUUUUUCUAUAGAGAUUCAUUAUUUUGUUUCCCCGCGAGACCUCAUGAUUGCGAUCUUCUUUUUGUGUAUGGGUUUUUGCACGAUGAUAAAUUUUCUUACCUUGAA